CGGAGUCGGUGCUGAAGUUGGGCGGAUGGAAGAAAAACACCGCCGAUGGAGAUUAUAGGGCAGGAUGCAUCUUUACUGUGCGAUUUAACAAGCAUCAACAUAAAACACGUAUAAAUGAACCACUACAGAAUACUGACAACCAGAAUUAAAAGGAUGGUAUAUUUUUGCUCCUCCCCUUGCACGCAACACUGCAAAUGGUCCACCCACUGAGUCCCUGAGCUCUGUUGAGACCCAGGGCGGAGACUGCUGUCCUCCUCAUCCCUCCUCACCACUUGGCCCUCCAUCAGUGAUGCCCCGAAGUUUAAGCGGAGUUGACAUGAGAAAGCGGCAGCAGCCACACAUUGAAGGACGUCCCCAGGCGCCUGGCCACCCACGACCCAACAACUGCUGCAUGUGCUGGUGUGGUUGUUGUAAAUGCCUCUGGAAUGAGGACCGCAUGGAGGGUUCCGAACGGACAUGCACUAAAAUGGAUAGUAUUGAAGCCACGGAAGAGCAGCAACCCACUCUAGACGAGGUGGUGGCCUGGGCCCGUAGCUUCGAGCUGGUGAUGCGCUCCUCAGAAGGCAGGGAGAUUUUCCGAGAAUUUCUGCGCUCUGAGUACAGCGAAGAGAACCUGUUGUUCUGGCUGGCCUGUGAGGAGCUGAAGAAGGAGACGGACCCGACUGCGAUCGAUGAGAAAGCCAGGAUCAUCUACGAGGACUACGUCUCCAUUCUAUCACCGAAAGAGGUGAGCCUAGAUUCACGGGUGAGGGAAGGCAUCAACCUGAGCCUGGCGGAGCCUAACAACGUGAUGUACGAGGAAGCCCAGCUGCAGAUCUACACCCUGAUGCACAGAGACUCCUACCCCCGUUUCCUCAACUCCUCUGUUUACAGAGACCUUCUGGACAGCAAGAGAAGUUCCUGCCUAGACACCUAAAGUAACCCACCCCCCAACAAACAAAACAGAAAGACAAUCAGGUGCCAGAACUGGGUUAGAUAUUUUCCUUUUUUGAAAACCAGAAAAUAAUGAAUAGUUUAAGCAAUUUCAAUUGUCUGCUCGCAGGUGGCCCUGAGGGUUAGUUCCUGGUUUAACUGCAGAUAAGAGCUCCUCAGGCUACUGUUAUAAAGACAAACAAAAGGAAGGGUAGACCCAUUGUUCCUGUACUGUACUUUUGAGAGUUCUCCUUUUGCUCGGUCUCUUUCAUUCUCUCUCUUGGUCUCUAUUUUUCUCUCUCAAAUUCUGUCCCAUGCCUCAGACUUUUUACAGUACAAAAACAAUGCCCUUUUUAAGAUAACUGUAGAGUUGACUGUGGUGAGCAGGAAAAUCACUGACUUUGCAUGUGACACGGUAAUGGAAUUAGCUCUACACUGGCUUGGUAUGUUAGCAGUGGACAGCAAAGGUUCUUGAAUAUGAGAUGUAUUUUCUUCUGUUCUAGGGAUUUCCCUGUCAAGCUCUUGAUGUUUUAUGUGAAGGGAAUAUUGAUAUUUGCCAAUUAGCUUGCAGUUGUUGAUUUUGAGAAGGUUGAAAGUUUUACAGCAGUGUUAAUUUCCAAGCACUUGCCUUCUUUACAACUCUAAAAGAGAAGGAGGCCUGGAAUUGUGGUCGGGCAGCUAAAUAUCUAAUGAACAUGACUUUCCACGGGAAAUCACAAUGCCUUGACGAGAAAAGGCGGCACAAGCGCUGCUUGUUAUGGUAACAACCACAGUUUAGUAAACACAGUACAGUUCUACCUGUCUUUCCCUCACCAUCUCAACCUAAGAGAAGCACAGGUUAUGUCAGAGGUCGGAAUCAUUGCUGGAGAAAAAAAAAACAAAUCAAACAUUCAAUUCGUUUCAGACAAUAAAUCAUGAAUACUUUCAAGCUCUCAAAUGAAAGAGAACUGUAAACUUUUUCAUUUUUCUACUGCAUAUAAUAUAAAUGGUAUUAAUCAAGCCUUGGUUUGGAAGGUCAAGUAUGAGAUGGUGGUAUGUCUGAUGCAUAGCCAUGAGGUCUAAGAGGAGUCUGCAUUGCAGAGACAUGGAAUUAUGAAGUAUGCCUAUGUGGCUUCUGGUUUUAAAGCUGUAGCCAGUUCUAGACUGAAGGGGGUCAGUGCCAGCUAAGGAACAGCCCAGCUGAGAGCAGAAGAGGUGGAAUCGUGUUUUCAUUGGAGGUGGUUUGGAGGUUUACAGUCCUGUUCACCAGAUGUGUGUGUGUGUGUCUGUCUUUAAAGGGGCAAUCAGCAAUUUUUGGACUUAUAAAUUAAUGAUCAUUGAUUCUUGAAGAAAAUCAUUUAUAAAUGCCUCAUGAGCUUAGUUCAACUGUUGUCUACCAUCAAUACCCAAAAUAGAAGCUUGUUUUACUCCAAUGUUUGUAAACAAUGUAAACAAACACUGUAUAGCCUCCAAACAUGGUUCAAACUGUCAUGUUGGUAUCAUGCAUGGUCAGUCCUUGCAUCUAUUGCUCUUGUUUAUGAAUUUGAGUGGUUAAAUUUAUCCAGCCCAAUCCCUCAGCUUUUUACGAAACUGGUGAGGAGAACACUUUGCUAUUUUGUUUCUACUGCUGAUUGUCCAUUUCAGCCUGGCUAGCUAGGUGCCAGUAAGAUGCUUGGAACAUCACUGAGCCCCAUGCCUUGAACAGUCUCUCUGCUUCCCAGCGAUGGCCAAGGGAGGUGAAUAGAGACUUGAGACAAUUCGUUAUUUUUCCUAAAAUUGCCGGCAUGCAUUAAUGUGUGUGUGUACCUGCCGUCCAGAUACACACGUAUCAAACAUUUUAAAUAUGGUAAAGGUAGACUCAGCGAAAUGACAUCGCCACCGUAGAUAUUGCAAUGAGCGAGAUGCAAGAUGUUCUCCUACACAGUCACACACAGUAUCUGCGCAUGUGCAUGGGUUCAGUUCCCGCUCUUAUAGCGUGGUAGCCAGGGGACCAAAACAGUGGGGAAGUUGAGCCUUGCGCUUCAACGCUCUUAGUUGUUGUGGAAAUUAACCCACUAUGCUGUUUACUUUGUGUCGACAUCAUAUCGCUGAGUCUACCUUUUAAUGUCCCAUGAACAUAUACUGUAGGUCUAAAAUAUAUAGUACCAAUCAAAAGUUUGGGCACACCUACUCAUUCAAGGGUGGCAGGGUAGCCUAGAGGUUAGAGCAUAGAGACUAGUAACCGGAAGGUUGUGAGUUCAAACCCCCGAGCUGUCGUUCUGCCCCUGAACAGGCAGUUAACCCACUGUUCCCAGACCGUCAUUGAAAAUAAGAAUGUGUUCUUAACUGACUUGCCUAGUUAAAUAAAGGUAAAAAAAAAAGGGGGGGUUAUUUUUAGAAGUGAAGGCAUCAAUACUAUGAAAUAACACAUAUGCAAUCAUGUAAUGAAAUCAAUAUAUUUUAUAUUUGAGAAUAUUCAAAGUAGCCACCCUUUGCCUUGAUGACAGCUUUGCACACUCUUGGCAUUCUCUCAACCAGCUUCCAGAGGUAGUCAACUGGUUUGCAUUUCAAUUAACAGGUGUGCCUUGUUAAUUUGUGGAAUUUCUUUCCUUAAUGCGUUUGAGCCAAUCAGUUGUGUUGUGACAUGGUAGGGGGGGUAUAGAGAACAUAUCCCUAUCUGGUAAAAGACCAAGUCCAUAUUAUGGCAAGAACAGCUCAAAUAAGCAAAGUGAAAUGACAGUCCAUCAUUCCUUUAAGACAUGAAGGUCAGUCAAUCUGGAAAAUUUCAAUAACUGAGUUCUUUCUUCAAGUGCUAAAACCAUCAAGCGCUAUGAUGAAACUGACUCUCAUGAGGACCGCCACAGUGAAGGAAGACCCAGAGUUACCUCUGCUACAGAGGAUAAGUUUAUUAGAGUUAACUGCACCUCAGAUUGCAGCCCAAAUAAAUGAGUCACAGAGUUCAAGUCAAACACAUCUCAACAUCAACUGUUCAGAGGAGACAGCAUGAGUCAUUGUCAAAUUGCUGCAAAGAAACCACUACUAAAGGACACCAAUAAUAAGAAGAGACUUGCUUGUGCCAAGAAACACAAGCAAUGGACUUUAGACCGGUUGAAAUCUGUCCUUUGGUCUGAUGUGAGAUUUUUGGUUCCAACUGCUGUGUCUUUGUGAGACACAGAAUAGGGGAACGGAUGACCUUCGUAUGUGUGGUUCCCACAGUGAAGCAUGAAGGAAGAGGUGUGCGGGUGCUUUGCUGUUGACACUGUCUGUGAUUUACAUAGAAUUCAAGGCACACUUAUCUAGCAUGGCUACCAUAGCAUCCUGCAGCGAUACACCAUCCCAUCUGGUUUGCGCUUAGUGUGACUGUCAUUUGUUUUUCAACAGGACAAUGACCCAAAACACACCAGGCUGUGUAAGGGUAUUUGACUAAGGAGAGAGAUGGAGUGCUGCAUCAGAUGACCUGGCAUCCACAAUCACCCAACAUCAACCCAAUUGAGAUGGUUUGGGAUGAGUUGGACCGCAGAGUGAAGGAAUAGCAGCCAACAAGUGCUCAGCAUAUGUGGAACUCCUUCAAGACUGUUGGAAAGCAUUCCAGGUGAAGCUGGUUGAGAGAAUGCCAAGAGUGUGCAAAUCUGUCAUCAAGGCAAAGGGUGGCUACUUUGAAGAAUCUCAUAUUAAAUAUAUAUAUUUCAUUUGUUUAACUUAACAUUUUUUUUUACCCUACAUGAUUCCAUAUGUGUUAUUUAAUAGUAUUGAUGUCUUCACUAUUAUUCUAAAAAAUAAAAACCCUUGAAGGUGUAUCCAAACUUUUGACUGGUACUGUAUUUUCAAUUCAAAUUUUGUGCAUUCUUUUAUUUAUUUUUAUUUUUAAGAUUGACAAAUUAUUGUAGGCCUUUGUCACCUGUUGAUGUGCAGAGGUCUGUGAGUAAAGUAUAUUGUGAGUUGUGUGUAUUAUCACCACUGGUGGGUAAUGAUAUUCAGGUGUCAUGGAAACCACUGUUUUGUAAGAACAUCAUUCUGCCAUCAGGUCUUACUACCUGAAGUUCAUGUGCCAAGGCCAGUUUUAAUAAAGCCCAUAUACUGUAGGUUAUUGAAGUGCAAUUGGAUCAGAUGUAGAGUAUUUCCAUUUUUGUAGUCAUAAAAAUGAACAUAGCAUAGCCUAAUGAUAUCAGCCAUUUUGAACAUCCAACUAUAUUCUAACAUUCCCUAUAUUUAGUUCACAUUCAGCUACCUUUAUAGAAAUAUUUGAACAGUGUUUGGAUACAGUGCAGAGAAGGUUAUAUUUUGAGUGAAUGACACAGUAAAAGUGAUCCAGUAUGCAUGCACCACAGUGGUUAGAAGAUACCUUUUUAUGUCGCUCUAUUAAUGACACAUUUUACAAAAUAAUUACUUGCUCAGUUUAGAUGUUAUUUCAGCUGUAACUUCACAAUGUUUGACCAACCAGACACUGAAAUUAUGGUGCAAUCAAACCAAGUUUACAUUUGUACGGUGAGCAAUUGUUCCGCAAUAGAAGCCAAUAGCAGAUUUUUUGGGGUAGGAAAAUGGUUCUGAAUGAUUUGAAAAUUAACAUUUUACGAUGGGUGAAGAGUAGUAUUGUGUUGUCUGGGUGUACUGUCUUGUCUUGACUCUGAGUAACUAAUUAUUUUCAGUCCAUGGAAGGAAAUGGUUGUUAAUUUUACUGGCAUUUCAACAAGGAUUUAACUAUUCAUGACGAGGCGGUAUCAUAGCCAUAGUGUCAUAUCUGUUCAAAUGUUGACUUCAAUGCAGAAUGAAUGGCUUUGAAAGGUGGCAGAGGUUUGUUGACAGAGAAUUAAUUUGAUCUAAAGUGUCAUAUUUGAUGUGAUUUAGAGAAGCAUUGGCCUUAUUUGCUUUGUUUCUCCUUUAAGAGUGUCAUUAGUGUUUUCACUACCUCUCAUAUUGGUUCCUUUAUUUCACAUCUAGUUGUCAAUGUACACUUUGUUUUUAGAUCUACUUGAAGCCUAAAACACUGUAAACAAAAUGUGCACAGAAAAUAUGUAUUGAGCGUUAGGAUGAUUAGCCUAGUUUACUUUUUUGUUUGUUUUGAUUGUUUAAUUGUGUUCAACUGGAAAAAGAUUUUUAGAUAUAUAAAGAAUUCAGGAAAUACACUGUUAAAAGGGCUAAUCUCAUUUUGCCUAUGCAAAUAUGUUACUGUUGAAAUGUGGGAAAGGGUAGGUUAAGUUACCUUUUUAGCUAAGUUUGAUGGAACAUGGUUUACAUUGCCCUUUGCUGGUAUUCUUCAAUCUUAUUCAGCAAAAAUGUACCGUUAUUUUUGUUUCUAUAUAAAUAUAUAACAAGUAAUAUACAGAGAAAAUAGUAUAUGCCUUCGUGAUGAAAAACAACAACACUUGAUAAAUACAAAUAAAUAUGUGUGUUGUCAGA